GAAAUACGAAUUAACUGUCAGAAUUUUCAACUUCCCUUCCUUGAAAAUAAAAAUGCCUUUGCCUGCCUUAUGAGAAUCAAAAUAAACAUGUUGUGGAGUCGAAGUAUUUUCCUUGCGAAUAAAAAACAAAUAAACGUCCUUACUCGUUUUUUAAGUGCAUCAAAAGUCGACGAAAUACACGUUGUUGAGAAUCGAGUGACUGCCGGCUAUCUUCAACGACUUUUAGGCUCCUCACACAAAUAUUGGAGUGAUGCACUACAAAAGAAUACACAACUUUAUACGGUCAAACGGGAACAGCUAAUUAGUUCAGCUGAAACUCUGAAAUCCCUCAACUUUACCGUCAAUGAUAUUCUUGAUAAACCCAUGAUUCUCUAUCAAAACACAUUAACAUUACAAAACCGCUAUAACGUACUGAACGAAUGUGGCUGUGAAGCGAUUUCGCUUAAACUCCUCUUUAAGUUUGUCACCAUUAUGAAUAGAAACAUCUCCACUCUAAAGAGUCAACUCUUUCUUCCGUUCGAUGUGGACAUUCAGGAAAGACUUCGCACUCGAUUCACAGAUAUCGACGUUCAUAUUGAAACUAAAUACAGCGAAGAAAUAACACUCAAACUCCUGCGAGAAAAAAUACUAAACCAAUAUCUAAAGCAGCGCCUAGAUAUGACGGAAAAGGAUUUGGAAAAAUUGUGGCGAGUUUACACCCGAGUACGACACAGAAGCUUUAGUUCAGUUCAGCAAAUGAUUCAAAUUCUGCUUGAUGAUUUGAAUUUCCCCAAAGAACGUAUAGCUAAAAAUGCAUUUGUUCUAUAUGGUGAUCCAGAAAACGUACGAAAGAUGAUUCGAAUGAUUCAGACCAUUGAUGAUCAGGAUUUUCGUACGAUCUUAUUCAAGACCCCAAAGAUCCUAAUGUCAUCAGCAGAAGGUCUAGUCAAAACUAUAAACCACAUUAAGUCAUUUGGCAUACACGAAAAUGCCAUUGUAAAGUGUCUGGAAAUACUCACUCUGAGCCCGGACACAGUUCUAGAUAGACUUAAGGAUCUGCAUGAUAUAGAGGAAUUUCAAGUUCUUCGAACAAAUCCAAGGAUACUUAGAUUAGUGCAUUAUCAGAACAAAGCUCGCAUGAGGCUCGAUUAUUUGAAUCAACUUAAAGUGAGAUGUGCCUCUUUGCAUGUCCUAUCGUGUAGUUCAGAUGCAUUUGUAAAAUUUGCUCGUGAAGGAUCUGACCGCACCAAGGGAAGAGAUGUAGUAGUUUUUCUGUCAAAUAUACUGAAGCAAAAUGAGAGUGAUAUAAGGUCAAUUUUGACUCGUCAUCCCAACUGGUGCCAUGUACCAGUUGUCCAAGUUAAGCAAUGUUAUGAUUAUCUUUUGACGAAACACUUCACCAAUCAAGAUAUCUAUUCUAAUUUAUAUCUUCUUUUAUAUCCAAUCAAUAGAAUAGGGGAAAAAAUGACGAUGCUCUUCACUGCGGAAAAUCUGGAAGAUAUAAAAUUGGACCAGAAAAUCACAGAAAUCAACCGAUCGAAGAUACUAUCCCUUGUUUUGUAUUUAAUCGAGAGUGAUUAUCAUUUUACAGGCGAUGGCAUCUGGACCGAGCAACAUAGUUUGCAAGUAGAAAAUUUCCAUAACCUGCUGCCUGAUUUUCCCGAGAGCAAUAAAGUUAAUCGUUAUGGAGUCAAGCCCUCGAUAAAUAAAACUAGUAAAAUAUCAGGGGUUGUGUAAAUAGUUGGAAAUAUCAAUUAUUAUUUGUAAUGGAUUGAGAAUAAAGAAAUUGUGCAUAAUAUUGAGCACGUUCCUGUA